AUGACCUUACCACUGCAGCCUGUGAACCCUGGUUUUGAUCUCCGUUUGCGGAACUUGACUGAGCGGAGGAUCGCAUCCAACCUGUUCCUCCAGCAGCUCCUAUACUAUAGAAUAUUCUUCAACAUCGCCUGGUUGCUCUUCUGGAUGGUUUUCAUCUUCAAAAAUUACUGGGUUGGUCUGGAACUAAAAGACAAUGACAUCGUCCGCACGAUUUUCUUCAUCUUCUGGUUUCUUGCGGAGCCAAUUCGCUUGUUUGCCGGAUGGUACGGGAACCUGCAGGAGAAUCUUCCCUGGCUGCUUAUGUUCACCAUUCUGUCACUGGUUCCGGAGCAAGGAACCAUUCUUUACCUGCUUGUUGGAACAUCUAGGCGAACUGCCUACACCAGGGCGGUCCAAAUGGUGAUGCUGGUGCUGCAAUGGCUGGAGCUCCUCACCGGCCUCUACACGUGUGUUACAAUGUACAAGGUGCAGAAGCGCCAGUUCUACCUGUUCGAGUACAUCCUCAACCAGCGCCGCCGGCACCGCCUGGCAGCGCCAGCCCCUGCUCUGCUCGUCUUGCCAGUGUACGGCGACGUCGGCACCGCCACUGGGGACGAGAGCAGGCCCUCGCUCGCUAUCGCAAGGCACAAUGGGGUGCAUUAUGGCAGCUGA